GCUGGAUUUUCCACGUCUAAAUUGUCCUCCCUCCACUUUCCCUCUGGAUCCUGCAAGUGAAAGAGGAGCUUGGGCUAUUUUUAGCAAAACCAAGCAACACUUCUCAUUUACAGCCAGCUUACUUUGCACGCUGCCUGGGGGAGAAAAUGGUUCCCAACCACAAAGUGCUCAGGAAGUCUGGUUUUGACUGUAUCCCAGAUCACCCACUCAACUCGGAUUUAGUUAACAGAUUAAAGAAUGCCCUGGAAGUGGAGGAUGAAGAGACUGUGAUGGAUUUACUCUGCAGUGAAGUGAAACAUGUGGAUGCCACCAUAGAACUAUCUAAUGAUGACUGGAUGAAAGACCCAGCAGCUCAACUGCACCCUCUGGUGUUAGGAGACCUGAAGAAGCUCAAAGCCCUCAUCGACCAGUACUAUGAAGAUGUCAAUGUGGUCUUUGAAAUCAAUAAAAAUGAACUGGAAUGGCAGGUGAAAAGCCAAGCUGCUUACGGACUGUCAGGCCUGUGGUCUCUGGAAUACAAGAGGGAUCUGACCAACCCCCUCUGCAUCUCAGCCUGCCAUGGACAUACCGCUUGUCUUCGCCACCUGCUCUUCUGGCGGGCAGACCCCAAUGCAGCCCCAGGAGGACGAAGUGCCCUCCAUGAAGCCUGUAGCAAAGGGCACACUGAAUGUGCUGAGCUCUUACUGGAACACAAGGCCAAUCCUAAUCUUCUGAGUGACGAUGGUCAAGCCCCUCUGCAUCUCUGCACCACCCAGGACACAUUGGGGUGUGCCAAAGCUUUGGUGAGAUUUGGUGCCCUGGUGAAUCUACCAAGCGAAGAAGAUCAAGAAACUCCUCUUCACAUAGCAGCCAAACAUGGCCUUUAUAACCACUUGCACCUGUAUUUGAGGUAUGGUGCUACUGUGGACAAGAAGAACAGUCUGGAAGAGACAGCACUCAGUGUAGCUUGCAGAGAAGCAAAGAACAUGGAGAACCAAGAUAGCUACUUGCAAGUAUGCAAGCUGCUGCUGGCAUAUGGAGCAGAUGUGAACACUGUGGAUGAAGAAAUAAAGACUCCCCUUCACAAGGCCUGUAGGAAUGCUAAUCACAGCUUGGUCCAGCUCCUGCUGCAGAGACGAGCUGAUGUCAAUGCAAUAGAUUACAACGGAGCAUAUCCCAUGUCCUGUGUCCUGCAGGCCGCAGCUUUUAAACAAGAGCUGAAGCCACAUUUCACAGUGCAAACCUUGCUAAAUCAUGGCUCUCAAAAAAUAUGGCCUACAGCUUUUGUCAAGGUGCUGAAAUCAUGUGCCUCUAUGCCAGAGAUCAUUGAAAUACUGUAUAAUUCCUAUCCUCAUCUGCCCAUUUCUGAAAAGUGGAUAGAAGUUAUUCCAAAAGAAGAUUUUCAGAGGCAUCCAGCUUUCUAUGAGUCCUUCUUCAGUCAAACAACCAGAGUCCGGCAUCUCCAACAUCUUUGCCGGUGUGCAAUCAGGGGAAGGUUUGGCAGUAGGUGCCAUUAUCUCAUCCCCAUGCUGCCUGUUCCUAAACCACUGCAAAACUAUCUUCUGUUAGAACCUGAGGGUAUUGUGCUUUGAGAAAUUGCCAAAUAACCAGAUCUCAUUGCUGUGGGGCGAUUCCCGCUGGGGAAUUUUUGGACUUCAGACAUGUUUGUGAAUAAAGUGUUUACCAUUUUGAUUAAAAUGCAUGUGUGUGCAUGCACACACACACACUCUCUCUCUCUCUUUGAGACACUGUAUUAAUAUGAUCAGAGAUCUUUACAACAAAAUGGAGCUUAUGUUUCUCUAGCAUUCCUGUAUGAUGUACCGUGAAAAUAUUUUGAUUUGAUGCUUAUUGCCUGUUUCACAGACUCCUUCUUUAGUGAUAUAUUGGUGUAAUAUAAAUGGUACAAAUAAUAUAUAUACUGUAGAAGAUUAGCAGCACUUAGGAAAAAGAAUUUCUUACUGAAAUGUUGGGACUUCAGUAAAAGCUGACUCGUUGCAUUAGUUAGAAUUUUAUUUCAAAGGGCUAAUAAAGUAUG